UUGCAGGCCGACACGCCCAGCGAAGCGCUGGCCGGGCAGUCGUGUGUCGGGUUCCCACGAGCAGUGAGCCGGUGUUGUGCAUUCGGAAAGUUACAGCGAGUAGCGUCGUUAAGACCAGCGCCUGCUGCCGUCUCCGUCUGUGGAUAAGGUUGACCGGACAAGGAUUUACGCCAACGAGAACUUGUUCAGCAGCGGCACUUUGUCGUAUUCGGCGGCCCGAGAGCUGUGGGCUGGCGGUAGUCGGUGGCGAGCGAGAGCGAGGCAGCGACGCGGCCAUGGCGGCGAUAGGCCGAGUGUGGGACUCGCUAUGCAAGCGCCGUCAGAGUCUGAGCGCCAUGGCCCACAGGAAGCGGAGCUUGCCACGGCAAGAUUCGCUUCCAAAAAGAGAGUUUACAGAGGAAGAGCUUAAAGACUUGCGGACUGCGUUCGGGCUGCUGGACCGGAACCGCGACGGGCGUGUGACGGCCAGCGAGCUGCAGUUCAUGCUGACCAACCUGGGCAUCACCGUCAGCGACGACAUCAUCGAACAGCUGGUCAAGGACGCCGGCCGAUCCGAAAAUGGGCUCAUCAACGAGGCUGAGUUCCUCCAGUGGGUGGCACGUAUCCAGGCCUUGACACAGGACACUGAGGGGGAUGACGAUGUCACCAAGGACCUGAUUGCUGCCUUCAGGGUCUUUGACAGAGACUGCAAUGGCUACAUCACUAAGGAUGAGCUCAAGUCAGCCAUGGAUAUGAUAGGAGAGACAGUAACAGAAGGAGACCUGAAUGAAAUGUUGGCUAUGGCUGAUGUAGAUCGAGAUGGGAGGAUCAACUAUGAAGAGUUUGCACGGCUCCUCUUGUAAAGAAAGACAAAACCUGUGUGAGUAGCAUCAUAUUCUAACAUCACUGUGAAAUACAGCUGUUACCUUUGCAAAGCUAAAUUUUUGUUAUUGAAAUGAAUGUAAAAGUGAUGACAGCCAGUUGUAAUGGUAGUGCUGACAUUGUUUACAUAAAUGCACACUUAUUUUUGUUAAGGAUAUUGUAUAUAUUUUGUAAUGUGCCUAUUAUGUUGUUGCAAUUGUUUAUAAUACUGUACAAGUAACUCCAGUUAUCUGGUAAUAAUGAUGUAAAAUAAUAUUCAAAAGCUGUUAUUUUUUUCAAGUUAAAUGAAUGAUGUAGUUGCUGAUAGUUACAUACUGUCAAAAUAUUUUGUACAGAUUCUGAGAUAAAUAAAUUCAACAUGCUAAAUUCAA